AUGGCUGAAAAUGCAUCCGGCGCAGAGGACCCGUUUCCUCUCAACCGAGAAUACGCCUACACGCCCCGUAAAAAGAUACGUGUUAUCACUAUUGGCGCUGGCUUCAGCGGCCUGCUGAUGGCGCAUAAAUUCCAGCACCGCUUCCCUGAAAUGCGCCACAUGGUCGAGCACAAGAUUUUCGAGGCUCUUCCGGAUGUUGGAGGCACAUGGCUACUCAACAAUUACCCAGGCGUCCAAUGCGACGUUGCCGCCCACGUUUACUCGUUCCCUUUCGACCCCAAGCCCGAUUGGGACAACUAUUAUGCCUCGGGUGCCGAAAUAUUAGCCCAUAUUAAAGCCACCGUUCGCAAAUGGGACCUCGACAGAAACCUGCACCUAAAUUCUCGCGUCGUCGCUGCAAAAUGGCUCGAGGCCCAGGGCCAAUGGCGUGUUAUUGUCUCCCACGACGGCGUCGAUCGCGACGAGUAUUGCGAUGUUCUUAUCUCGGGCCAGGGCGUCCUUAGGCACGAGAACUGGCCCGACAUCCAGGGCCUUCGCGACGGCGUUUUCAAGGGCAAAGUGGUACACUCCGCACGCUGGGACCACAACUUCGACUACACCAACAAAAAGAUUGCCCUCAUUGGUAACGGCUCUAGCGGUAUCCAACUCCUGCCCCAAUUGGCCAAGCUCGGUGGAGCUACCGUCACCAACUUCAUCCGCGGGCCGACAUGGAUCUACCGCCCUCGGGCGCCUGAGCCGCGUAGACCUGAAGACCUGAACCCCGAAUAUACCGACGAGGAUAAGGCCCGCUUUCAAGAUCCCGAAGAGCACCUCAGGUACAGAAAGAAUAUUACCUCAAAAGCAAACAGGUCCUUCUACACCGUACGCAAGGGCGCAAAGAACAGGGCAGAGACGGAUGCGGCUGCCGCGCAAAUGGCGGCAGAGCUGAAAUAUGACAAAAUGCUUUGUGAAAUGCUAAUUCCCAAGUGGGAGCUUGGUUGUAAGCGUGUCUCCCCAGGACCUGGAUAUCUGGCUAGUUUCAGCCGGCCCAACGUGCACUUAACCAACAGUGCUAUCGUUAAGGUGACGGAAACCGCCAUCCACACUGCCGAUGGACAGGUCCACGAGGUAGACGUCAUUGUGUGCGCGACGGGCUAUGAUGUAACACACUACCCACGAUACCCCAUCGUGGGCCUAGACGAGGGAACGGACCUCGCUACCGAUUGGAAAGAAUGCCCAGAAACUUAUAUCAGCGUUGCCGUCCCCAAAUACCCCAACUACUUCCUCCUUAUGGGCCCGCGCUGCUUGGCUGGCCAGGGCUCCCUACUCGAAUCGCUAAACUGGACGGGCGACUAUAUCAUCAAGUGGGUGAGAAAGAUGGCGAUCGAAGAUAUAAAAUACGUUCACCCCAAAGCAGAUAAAACCCGCGCUUUUAUGCGCUAUGGCGAUGAGAUCCACAAGACUCUUGUCUGGACUGGCGCUUGCCGCAGCUGGUGGAAGAGGGGGACUAGAGACGGCCGUGUUACGGUAUUGUUUGGUGGCGGAAUACACCUGUUCUGCCAGCUCAUGAGGGAGAUCCGAAGCGAGGAUUUUGAGAUAGUUUAUCGGAGUAACAACCCCUGGCAUUUCUUAGGCAACGGGUUUUUGGAGUGGGAAUUCCGACAAGACACCGAUCAGUCCUGGUAUAUUGAAAAGGCUCAGGUUUUAAACAACAGCUAA